GAUGACAUGUCGUGUCGACGAUUGGGACGAUUGGACGCGUGGGGAGCUCGAAGCUCUGGAUUCCAAAUGAAGAGAUGGAUGAUGGAUGAGACACACUCUUAUCAUGCCAUGAGAGAUAGAGUAGUAGUAUAUGAAACCAAUGCUGUUCUUUCUUGUCUUGCGAGCAACGAAGUAAAACUCGCAACAGCAAUUCGAGUUAUCCACGAUGGUGGUGCUACGGGAGGUUUGAAUGAUCACAUCAUUCGUGCACCUUCAUCCCAAGCAACGUGCUCGGCGUCAAAAGAGAAGUCGUCCAGCGUAUGUAGGCAUAAAGAGACACCGAAGAAGACUCCGACGGCUAAACUCUUGAGCAGUAGUCUCGCAGCUGUAUGCAUGAACAUCCAAGAGAUUUCUUGGGACGACAUUAGCCGGCCCUUGACAUGGCACCUACAUCUGUCCUUUUCGAAAUGUCGUUCGUUCCUGUCACGAUCUCCCACACAUACGUACAUCUCACAAUCAAUCACCAUGGUUGAGGUCACUGAAUCCAGCC